UUGGCGGAUGCCCUCGGCUCAGCAACUCCCAUGGCGACCGUUCAACUCGAACAGCUGUUCAAGGCGUGCGACACACGAGGUUCGGGCUAUCUGGACCGCGAUGAACUGCGAAAGCUGUGCCAUCGGUUCAGCAUCUGCAGCCAGGACGCCGACGCCAUCUUCGAAGACCUUGACCACGACAGCGACGGGAAGAUCGAUUUCCAGGACUUCGAGAAGGGUUUCAAGGACUUCUUGACGCAGCUUCCGGCAAGUCCAGCCGACCUCACAGGCACGUCACCGGCGUCGACGGCGUCGAUAAUGAUGGACGCCGCCGGACAUCGACUCAGUGAUGGGUCCAUUGACACCAAGGUCGAGAACAAUAACUCGAAAGCUGAAGACGGUGGUGGCGUCAAGGUGUGGAGCACUCACCAGGCUUGGCAGAACCUCACCACGGAGUUGGUGAGGGCCGGUAACAUGAUCAACGAGGAGACCCUCAACGCCCUCUACAAAGAACUGCAGAGCAGCGAGAAACCGCAGGUCGUCGAGAGGUUCGAGGACGUCAUCGCGGACCUCCUGGACAACAUGAAGAGGCUCCAGGAGGAGAACAACCAACUCGAGAACACCUGGCUCAGGGAGAAGAAAGAACACGAAGAGCACCUACGGCGAAUGGAAGAAGAGAUGGACAGCCAAGUGAAACUCGUGGAGCAGCAAGCAAAAGCAAAGGCACAAGAAGAGGCCGAGGCGAGACGUAAAACCCUGCAUUCCAAAAUGUGCGAAGAAAUGGACGAACUUCAGUCCCACGUGUCUCUCUUCGAAAAGGUGGACCAAUGGCUGAGGGCGAACGAGACGCACGACCGGAAGUUGACUUCGGUGCACUCGAAGCUGGACGAGGCGCUCCAGGAAAACAGGCAGCUCAGGCUCAGCCUGAUGGACACGCAGACGAACGUCGCCCUGACGCGCAACGAGCUGGCUCAGAUUCGGUCUCAGUACGAAGACAAGUGCAGACAGCUCUACGACGAACGUGAAAGAAUCAUGGGCGUGCUGCAAGAGCAAGGCUUCGCCAGCAAGCAACUUCAACACCUACAGGAAGCGAAUAGAAAGCUCCAGGACACCAACGACAUCCUGAGGACCGUGCUCGAGAAGGCCGAAAAGAACAAACCCCCAGAACAGGCAAGGCGAGAGUCAUUUCUCUCAGACUACCUGGACAGCCCGGUGUUUUUGCCCACACAGCCCUGCAGAAGACUCCUGAACGACAGGCGACCCCUGUUCGACCAUGAAGAAGAGGAGAGGGCAUCAGCCAUAUGGUCCACUAGGACAGCCUCCGCCGGAUCGCAGGAAGCCGUCAUGUCCGAAAGCCAUCUGCGUUCGCCCACGAGCGUCGCGACCGUAGUCGAAGAAGCAGACAGCGGAUUGUCCACACUACGCUCCGUGGCCGAAGCGGACACUCAAGUGGACAACUCGUUCGACACUACCUUGGCGUUCGAUGCCACUCUGCCGUCGCUGUCCUCCGACACGGUGUCCCUGAGGCCACGGUCCCUGUCCUCGGUGACUUCGCCGGUCCUGGACCGGGAGGACAGUCUCGACUCGAGCGCUGCCGCUCUGUCGGCAUCUCAUGGCAACGCCUGCCUGGGUCCGCCAGUCACGCUCAGGCAUCGGAAGUUGAAGUCCGAGCGCAGCGUGGAGUCCCUACCGCCGACACUUGGAGACAUCGCCGCUAAGUCUCCAGCGGUACGAGAGGAACGCGCAACGUCCGUGUCCGCCAGCAGCGAGAGCGGCAUCGGAAGCCGGAAUACCUGGUGCAGUAUGGAGAGCAUCGACGGGUCUCCCAAGGCCCCGAACAGGGGUAACCUCUCGUCCAGGAGGAUCAGUGAAAUAAAGAGACAGCUAGGCGUCGAUCCUGUCACGGCGAGGUACAAUCGAAACCCGCGGAGUCCUUCCGGUUCUUUCCGCCAAAUCGAAGACUCCCCGCCCGCGACUGCGCCCCGGAGUCGGCGUCAGAGGUCGCUCUCUCCGACGAGGAACUCUAGUCCUCCGGUGCCUCUUCCAAGGUCUCGCAUCCCGGCGUCCACCGAACCCAAGCCCAGGCCUCGAAAGCACCUGUCUCGGCAAGACAACGCGGUGACGUCCCCACUGGACGACGUGGACUCUCAUUUUGAAGAACCGCCGGUCUUCGACGAAGACUGUCCGAGGACGUCGACUCCGCAGGCAAAGGUCGCGGUCGCGGAUGCAAGUCUCCAUAGCGUCCAGAGGGCGGCCAGCUUCACGUGUUGCACGGGCCCACCGGAACACACGUUCAAGGUGGUGUUUGUGGGCGACGCGGCGGUGGGCAAGUCGUCCUUCAUCAUGAGGCUCAGCAGGGGCAUCUUUAUGCCGCAGCUCACGUCUACGCUUGGCGUGGACUUCCAGACGAAGAACAUUCGCAUAGACGGGGUUAAUGUCAGCCUCCAGCUUUGGGACACGGCAGGGCAAGAAAGGUUCCGGUGCAUCACGCAGUCCUACUUCCGCAAGGCGGACGGAGUCAUGCUCAUGUACGACUGCACCAACGAACAGUCCUUCCUGAACGUCAGGCAGUGGAUGUCGGACUUGGAGGAAGCGGCAUCCAGGGGCAUUCCGAUUGUCCUGGUGUCCAACAAGACCGACCUCCGAGAGAUUGCCCGUGUUCAAGGGAAGUCCAUUGUGGAAAAAGAGGCCGGCGAAAAAAUCUCGGAGGAGAUGAAGGCUAUUUUUGUCGAGACAAGCGCCAAGGAUGGUUCGAACAUCAACGAAGCCAUCGCGUCUUUGACGAGAACUAUGAUGAAAAGGGCCGUGCCUGAUGAAGACGACAAGGUUACUCUGAGUGAGAAGGGUGGCAAGUCGUUCACUUCCAAGUGUUGCAACAAGCAGUAGGACCAAGUGCCAUGACGCUCUGACGUUCCACGUGCGGUGGCUGCUGCGGUGAAAGUUAUAUACGCUACAACUUUCGAUUGUGCGAAGUUUUACCGUCCUCGCCUGUUUCCAAGAAAGAAACUACAAAUCUCUUUAACGCGAUACAAUUUGUAGAGACGUGACGAAGCUAAACUAUAAAGGAUUUGUUUCGUUGAAAACGAGUAACUAUAGAAAAAAGACUCAAACGAUGUAGACAAAGCCCGGGUGCACUAGAAUUCGAAUAUCAUCGUAGCGAGAUCGAGCGCAGGCACGGAUACUGCGUCGGUGUUCGGCCGGGCAUCGUGUCCAAUCACGUGUCUGAAGACGCUCGGAUUUGGGUUCGGGUCCAACUGCUGAAUUGAUGCCAUUCGAAUCUGAUGACGUCACUUGAAUGAUAAAGGGGCCGUUCAAAGACUCAUUAUUCAAAAUACUGAAUAAAAAAAAAAGAAAAAAAAAACCUUUACUGGAAGCUGUUGGCUACUCAUAAGGUAGCACGUCAAAAUCAAUAUAAUACAACGAGAUAAUGUUGAACUAAAAAAUAAACAUUAACGAAAGAGUCUUUUUUUUUUUACCUUUUCUGGUUUUUUACGACUCGGCAUUCGGAGUAAUUGUGUAUUUAGCCGACUUGCAGCGACGCUGUCACAAAACCAAAUGCCCUCUCCCGUGUGAAUUCUUUGUGCAACUAUACGUGGCAGAACUCAUGGUGCCUUCACCAAACGCGAGACUCCGAGUGGUGAAGUUUCUGAUCGACGGGAGAAUUCUGCAAUAAUGAAGAAGCUGCCUCUCUCCAUUCGCGUGUUCAAUCUCGCGCGACGUUAAGAUAGAGAAGUGGCACAAAAAGUCGACGUUGAUUACCGUGUAAGCUGUUUACCUCUGUUUCUUGAACAAUAAAGUUUCUUAUGGCGCCGCGUUUUUUUGGGGGGACAUUUAGCGUGCUUUCAGUUUCAUUGGUAUGUUCGCAUUUACAUGGUUUCAUAUGUUAUCAAUCUUUAUAUAUAUUUUUUAAAUGUUUAUAAUGGGUUCAAGUUGCGCCGGAAGUCACGCUCGCACCGCUUUCAAAGCACGCUGGAAUUCACCCGCAUGUGUUUUGCUUUUCUUUUUUAAAACUUAAUUUCAAAUGUGUUUGUGUUUUGUUCGGUUUCGACAUUAGAUUCGUGCUUUUCUGCCCCACCGUGUUGCCCGCUCGCACAGCUGUUUCUGGUCGUUGCGCUGAACCAAUUUGCUUUUAUACGCUGACUGAAACGUGUCUCCCACUGGUGCGUUUGCCGCGUCUAAAAAAAUGUAGUCCCUCGAUUUCCGCCCGAUGACGUCAAAGAAGUUUCACGUUUUCGCCGGCCGCGAACCUGGCGGCGCCACAGCUGCAAUUGUGGAAGUGGCAGACGCCUGUCUUGCUGCAGGUCGCUCUCCAGCUUCACAGACCACGGAAACUUCGAAAGUCGGGAGUUGGGAUUACGCGACGACGGCGACGCUCGUGUCCGCUCGCACUUUCUCCAGGGACUUCCGGCGCCAAACGCCAGGAUCGCGACAUCCGACAACGUGACACGGAUGCUUCUGUGACGUCAUUUGUUGCCCCCUUGGGAAACCACUUUUGACGUACGGACGGUGACGAAAAGUAAACAUUAUUACAGUUAUUAAAUUAUGAAUAAUAAUAUUAUUAUUAAUAUUAUAAACAACAAGUGAAGACGCAUUGCAGGCACUUUACUGUUAACAACGAAGCACCCCAAUUUACUGAUAACCGCAUCGAUAUCGUGCCCUUUUAUGCCACGAAUGCGUGGCUUUCCCGCGUGCAUAUGACAUGGGAGGUUUUGAUUCAAAUUGUACAUACUGAGACGAAGAACCUGUUAAUAAAAUGUUGUCGGUUGUGAAGUACAACGCUCGCUCGCAGUGGUCGCGCUUGAAAUCGCCCAGCUCACUGUAGGAAGUUCUCCCCUUGAGCGCUGGAGACUG